UUGCUUGCCGGAGCCUGAGCCGGAGCCGGAGCCGGAGCCGGAGCGCUGCGCGUCAGAUACGCACCGGCGCGCCGUUUGGAAACACUCGGCGCACCGCACCGGAGAAAAGGUGCAUUCACACACUUCUCCGAAGCAGGAGUAUCGCUUUAUCUUAGCAGGGGGAGGCAAGAGAGUUUUGAUCAAAGUAUGGAGGGCUCUGGCUUGGAAGGUGUAGAAGAGCCUCCUGGAAGCCAAGUGUACGAGGUGACGGUGGUCCAAAACGCCACGGCCCCUCACAACUAUCCCUUUGCAGACGUCGCCCUGCUGCAGACCUUCAAGCCGCUUAUCAUCCCCUGUUAUGUUCUUGUGCUGCUGGUGGGCGUCUUUGGCAACUACCUUCUGAUCUACGUCAUCUGCCGUUCGAGGAAGAUGCACAACGUCACCAACUUCUUCAUCGGCAAUCUGGCCUUCUCGGACAUGCUGAUGUGCGUGACCUGCGUUCCCUUCACGCUGGCCUACGCAUUCAGCCCUCACGGGUGGACGUUUGGGCGCUUCAUGUGCUACCUGGUGUUCCUGAUCCAGCCCGUCACUGUAUACGUGUCUGUUUUCACCCUCACGGCUAUCGCGGUCGACAGGUACUAUGCUACAGUGCACCCUUUGAAGAAGCGAAUCUCAAUGGCGGCCUGCGCUUACGUGCUGUCUGGGAUCUGGCUGCUGUCGUGUGUGCUGGUCGCUCCCGCUGUGGCCCACACGUAUCAUGUGGAGUUCAGAGAGGAGGGUCUGACAAUCUGCGAGGAGUUCUGGUUGGGCCAGGAGACCCAGCGACUAGUGUACGCCUACAGCACGCUGCUACUGACCUACAUCCUGCCUUUAUCUGCAGUCUGCGUCUCUUACCUCUGCAUCUCUGUUAAACUCCGCAACUGCGUGGCCCCUGGACACCGAACACGUGACCAAGCCGAGGCCCAGCGGGCGCGCAAGCGGAAGAUCUUCAGGCUGGUGUCUCUAGUUGUGGCGGUGUUUGGAGUCUGCUGGCUGCCCAUCCACGUGUUCAACAUCCUGCGCGACAUCGACAUCCGCCUCAUCAACAAGCGUCAUUUUCUGCUGAUCCAGCUGCUGUGUCAUCUGUGCGCUAUGAGCUCGUCCUGCUGCAACCCAUUCCUGUACGCGUGGCUUCACGACCGUUUCCGUGCAGAGCUGCGCAAAAUGUUCACCUGCCACCGUCGCAUCGGUAUACCGGCCAACCACUGUGCCACGGCGAGCGUCGUACUAUGAUGCAACUGUUGACUUCAGAAAGGCUGAAAACACAUGAAGUGCUAUUUAAGAUCUAUAAAUGGCCCACGAAAUGUACAUAAAAUAAACGUCUGGGUCCAAACAGAUAGAACUAAUUGAAACACUUG